CGGAUUCUAGUUUUAUAGCAUUUGUGCAUGUGUUAGUGAAAGCAGAAACACUGUCACAUACAAUAUGUUGAGAGUAUAUAUAUAGGAUUAAUCAAUUUUGUUUUGUAUACUGGAAACUCUUUAAAAAUUCUUUACGUAAACAAUUAAAGACUCUUGGCAAUAAAUAUCGACAAAUUCUCUUCAUUAAAAAAAAAUAAUAAAUCAAUUCAAAUAGACAAGUCAACCUACUAUGCCAAGAGCGAUUAAAAGACUCCCAGAAGCUGAAGAUUUUGAAAAAUGCCAUCAUAGGCAAGUGUUGGUUAACACGUUUCUAGAAGUAAGUUCACCUUACACAAUUGGAAGUUUAUUGUAAUGUCCAUUUUUACAUCUGUUCAUCUAAUUAUUAGUAUAAACAGUUGAAAGUUUAAUGAUUUAUUUGUUCAUUGUGGACUGCAAUAAUAAUUAAUUCUUCGUUGGCACAUAAACUCCUUGGAUGAGUGAGUUGAUAAUGCCAUCAGCUAACCAAUGAUUAACUUUUGUGUGAUAAAUUCAGAUUUCAUUCAGAUCUAAAAAAUUGUCGAUUUGCAGCUCCUUCAAAUAUCGAGGCAUCAGCCUAUGGAGUUCAUAUUUGCUGAAAGUUAAUUUAAAAAUAAGACUCUUAAUAUUAACAAAGGGAAAGUACAAGCAGAGAUAGGUUAGUCGAACUUCCAUUAUUUAGACGAAAGUCACUUGAAUUUCGAAAUGCAGAAACUAUCGUCACACAUUUUUGCAAAGAUGCUUGUUGUUCCGUGAAGCCACUAGUUAUUGGUCUGAACCGUGUUGGUUAGCAUAGACUAUGUGGUUGAGGUCUGCAUGAUUAUCGUAACUAAUGAUUGGAUACAAUCGCUGAUGUAAACUGAGGUCUUUCAUAGUGCGAAAUCCAUGCAUUUAUUAAAUCCAAACUUAAACAUACCAAAUGGAUAUGCUACAAAAGUGAAUGACAAACCAUCAAUAAAUAUGAAUAGUCAGACAAUGGCACAAAAAGAAAUUGAUUGCAUAAAACAAUUCGAAAGACAACUUCCACCAGAAUAUCCAUGCAUUACAAUAUAUUUUUCUGAUAUGGAAUGUGAUCUAGAAAGGAAAUGUAUAUUGUAUAUUGUAAGAAGAUGGGAUCGAGACGAUCCAUUUGUUAGUAUGUCACCAUUUUUGAAUGAAUUAGAAAGAGAUUAUGGUAGAGGAUGGAAAUUUGAACGAGUUACUAACCCAAUUAAAGUUGGCCGUAUAAGUACUUCAACAAAACCUAAAUCAACCUUUUGUUUUCGCUAUGAACCAGAUUGUUAUAUAUAUAAGUUUUAUAGCGAUUAAGAAACUGAACAGCAAGGGUUAAUUUGAAACAAUACAAAUUGAUAUCAAACUUC